AAGCAACCGUAUUCCUAUCAGUGCUGAUAUAUGAACACAAGAGUGGCCGGCAUGUUGCCAUGAUCUAUCACCUAUAUAACAUUCAAGGGGUGUAAAAUCUGAAGAGAUCCGAACCAUCUGAGUUGGCAAGUUCACUACAAGAAAAUUCCAUUUAUUUUCUCCCAAAAUCAUGAAUAGAAAAUGACAAACAACAACUAAUACACCCAUUUGAAGAUUGACAUAUGAAUAACUGACGAAUGAGACAUCUUACUCAGCGAGGGUGUCGCAGUUGUAAGUAACACACGUGACGUUUCCCCGUAAGACGCGUAACAAGGACGCCGACGCCUGGCGUCACUCUCAUCGAGUGGGGAUCCUCCUGGUGGGGACGCCGUAAGAUGUCCAGCAGAAACGUCGAUGGUCUAUAGUUAUUGCUUUGAAGACCACCAAGCAACGUCUGGAAUAACGAACGACGCGAUUUUGUGCAUCUCGACGGUUCAACACGCGACAAGUGAAGUGACGUGACGUGGGAAAUUGCAUCACUAAGAACGACCAAAGUAAUAUUGAUGUUCCCAAUAUCACCAAUACACUAAAAAAGCAUGGGAGUGGCCGAGGAUUUCGCUCCCAGCUUCACUCAGAAGCCGCAGCUGAGGCAAGAGGACGAUGGCAACAAACUCAUAUUCGAAUGUCAACUGUUGUCUUCGCCAAAACCAGAAAUACAGUGGUUCCGUAGUGACACCCUGCUGUUUGAGGAUGCGAGGACUAAGUUCAAAAUACAGUCGAUUGGAAGCAAUAAGUUCUUGGUGGUCUUAGAACUCGAUGAUGUCAUCGAGACCGAUGCUGGCCUUUACAAGGUCAAAGCGAAAAACAAAAUGGGGGAGGUUGCAGCUUCCAUCAACCUCAACUUCAGCCCUAUGGACGAACCGAAAGAAAAACAAAUCGAUGGUCUAGCACCCACCUUCUCCAAAAAACCUGCAAUACGUCAGGAAGAGGAUGGUAAAAGACUUUUGUUUGAAUGCCGGAUCCAAGCAAACCCACGACCCGUAAUCAGUUGGUUUCAUAAUGGAAAUCCGGUUAAAGAAUCAUCACGUCAUAAGAUGAGGCUAGACAAAGAUGGCCAUUCGUAUUUUGCAACUUUAGAAAUUGAAGAUGUCACCGUAGAGGAUGCUGGCAAAUACAAGGUGACUGCAAAAAACGAACUAGGCGAAAGCAAUGCCACGAUUAGCCUCAAUUUUGACAGCGAUGAAGCUCCUGUACCGGACGAUGGGAUCAAACCAACCUUCACUGAACGCCCUGUGAUAAGACAGACUGACGAUGGUGCCAAAAUAACCUUCGAAUGCAGAUGUGUGGGAGAGCCAAAACCGGAACUCGUAUGGUUUCAUGGGAAGGAGGAGUUGCAGUCCAAUAACAGAUAUGUUAUCACAAUGGAGCAGGAUCAAAAAUUAUAUUACUUAGCAAAAUUAGAAAUUAACGGGGUGAAAAACUCAGAUAAAGGGGAAUACAAGGUUGUAGCUAAAAACAGAUAUGGUGAUGGAGAAGCUAAGAUCAACCUGAAUUUCGAAGGUUCGGGAAAACCAAAAAUACCCGACGGCAAGCCUCCAAGAUUCCCUAAAAAGCCAACCAUCCGGCAAGAAGGUGACAUAUUGAUCAUGGAAUGUCUGUUAGAGGCUCACCCAGACCCAGAGAUCACCUGGUACCAAGGAGACAAGAUAAUUCGAGACAGUACGCGAAUAAAAAUGCUAAGAAAAACGACUGCCAAAGAUACAUAUCUGCUUACGCUUCAAAUAUCCGAUCCGACCCGAGAAGAUGGUGGAAACUAUCGUUGCAACGCGUUCAACGUUUACGGUGACUGUAACGCGAAUAUCGCUCUGAAUUUCCAAGGUGGAGAUAAUGCUGCUGGUUUUGCUCCGUCAUUCAUCGAAAAACCGAAGAUUAUCCCUAACGAAAGCGGUACUCUCAUCACCAUGUUGUGCAAAUGCAAGGCGAAACCGAAACCAGACGUUACAUGGUUCCGUGGAACAACCAUCGUGAAAGAAUCGACUAAAAUCAAGAUCAAAAUCGUGGAUAUCGAGGAAGACAUAUACGAAAUAUCUAUGGAGAUAAAGGAUCCAUCAGGUGCAGAUGGCGGUACCUACAGAUGUCACGUUAAGAACGAAUUCGGCGAAAGUAACGCUAACCUGAACUUGAACAUCGAAGCUGAACCAGAACCAGAAGGCGAUGGUCCGACAUUUGUAGAAAAACCAAGAAUAACAUCACAGCAAGGAGGCAAACUAGUCAUAAUGGAAUGUAAGGUAAAAUCAGAUCCAAAACCAACGAUCGUUUGGUACAGAGAAGGAAAACAAGUAACGGAAUCUAGUAAGAUUAAGAUUAGUUUCGAGAAGGUCGAAACAAAUAUUUAUUACAUAAAAUUGGAAUUGAAAGAACCAGGAACCGAAGAUUCUGGCCUUUACAAAUGUAAUAUAAAGAAUACGUUAGGUGAACUGAAUGCCAAUUUAACCCUCAACAUAGAAAUCAUUCCUGUUAUUAAGGAAAAACCGAAAGUCAUAAAGAUUGUGAAGAAGAGAACUGUAGUAGUGGAAUGCAAAGUGCUCAGUAAAUUUGCUCCAGAAUGCACUUGGUUCAAAGAAAACUCUGCAGUGAGGGAGGACACUAGGCAUAAGGUACAAAUAGAACAAACUAAAGAAGGUGAAUUCGCUGUCAAACUAGAAAUAGCAGAAGUGAAUAAAACAGAUAAGGGUCUCUACAAGUUGGUGGCGAAGAAUGAGAAGGGUGAAGCAACAUCACAAACCGUUGAAGUAACUGAGCUGCCACCUGAAGAAAAACCCAAAGGGGAUAAACCAAAACUCUCAGGCCUCACUAGUAUUAAAGUGGAAGAGGGAAAAUCAGCUGAAUUCAUUUCAUCGCUUAAAAUCGUCGAUAAAACCAUCAGUAUUACUUGGUAUAAAAAUUCCACUAUCAUAAGAGAAUCAUCCGACAUCAAAAUCACAUUCGAUGGUUCCAUAGCUAAAUUAACUGUAACUAAAUGUAAGAUAACAGACACAGCAACAUACAAAUGUGUUGCCAAAAAUGACUUUGGUGAAGAUGAAGUAUCUGCUACCUUAACUGUUACAAAGAAGGUAGUAGAAGAGGAAGAGGAAGAGAAGAUCGAAAAGAAGAAGAAGGUAGAGAAAAAAGAAGAAAAGAAAGAAGAGAAGAAGGAAGAGAAUGAAGUCAAGAAGAAGGUACAGAAGGAGGUUGAAAAUAAGAAGGAAGAAGACAAAGUAAAUGAUAUCGACAAGAAACCUGAAACUAAGAAAAUUGAGGAAACUAAGCCAUUGAUCAAAAAAGACAGGAAAUCAUCCAUACAAAAGAUUGAGGAGAAAGUUGAGUCCAGGAGAAGUUCUAUUAUUAAAACAGAGGAGAAGAUUAUACAGGAUGGAGAUUCAAGGUCAUCAAGUAGAAGAUCAUCUUUCCAACAAGAGGAAGAAACUAGAACUGAAUCAAGGCGUUCCUCCAUCACUGCUGAGAAGAAGAAGAUUAAGGAAACUAAGAAACUUGAAACUACGGAUGAGGUGACAACACCCACAUCACCCACAAAUCACAUUCAAGAACCACCAUUCACUGAAAAGACAACUAAAACGGUCAAGAAAGUUCAGAAGAAUGGAUUACCUGAAUCAGAUGAAACAGAUAAAAAGACUGGAGAUAAAUUGAUUGUGAAGAAAGAUGAGAAAACAAUGAAGAAAACAGAUGAAAAACCAAUCAAGACAGAUGACGAACUAAAGAAGGAUGUAAAACCAGUUACCAAGAAAUUGGAUAAGCCCGAGGAGAAAAAAGAAGACAAAGUUGAAACUAAAACAUCGUUGAAAGUUGAUGAAAAUGAUAAAGCAUCAAAAACUCCGCAAACUACCACAAAAACACAAAUUACACCAGAAACCAAAACAACACCCAAACUGUCUCAACCAGAAAAACUGGAAGUUAAGCAGAACAAUCUUGCAGAACCUGCUAAACCAGAAGCUAAUAAAUUAGAUGUCAAGAAGAAUGAAGAAACAAUUAAGGAGAAAGGAAAAGCAGCAAUAAAGAUUACUGAAGAGAAGAAGGAUAAACGUGCGCCACCUAAAGCCCAACUAAAAUCAGGUUCAUUUUUAUCGGUACAACUCAAACCUGUUUCCAAAGAUGGUAAAAAAACAGCUAAAGCCGAAUUAGAAGUAGACCUGAAGAAAGUGCCUGAAGAAAAGGAGAAGAAAGUGGCUCUGAAGAAACCCAAAACAGCUAAAAAAGAGGACGUACCAGAUUGGGAAAAUAUUCCAGAUUAUGAAAGGCCAGUUCUGGAAAAAUACGAGCCAGGUGAACACCCUGACUACAAGGGUAGGGAAAAAACUCAACUCUCCAAGGAGAGGCCUAGUUUGCCACAAAUCAAGACCCCCGAGGCACCAAAGAUCGAGGUUAUGAAAGAGAAGACGCCAGAACCAAGGAAGAAGUCAUUGGAACCAACUCCAUCUCCUGGCUCAACCAGCAGGCGAGGCUCUUUGAUACCACCAGAAGCCAUGGGCCGUAGAGCUUCCCUCAUCAUUUCAGACGAGACAAAAUACAAGCGUCCGGGACAAUUGCAAGAACCGUCCGACAAACAGAGGCGCAGACCUAGUGCAGAUCUUAGGCGGCCUAGUUUGGCAGAAAUGGAGGAUAGGAUUAACCAACCUUCUACUCCUCUGAAGGCCUUAGGAGAUGGUGGACCACCAAGCAUCGUUGAUGUGGCUGAGAGCUAUUCGGCUGUUGAAGAUUCAACUGCCUAUAUCAUGGUGUUGGUUGAAGGAAACCCAGCACCAACCUUCAAGUUUUACAAGGGUAUGACUGAAAUUAUUGAAGGAGGUAGAUUCAAAUUCUUAACUGAUGGUGAAUCAAACUCCAUCACUUUAUGUAUAAGAAAGAUCAAACCAAACGAUGAAGGCCAAUAUAAAAUUGUAGUCUCAAACAUCCAUGGAGACGACAGUGCAGAGAUGAUGCUUUAUGUAUCAGAUUCUAGCGGUAUGGACUUCAGGGCUAUGUUGAAAAAACGAAAAUACGCAAAAUGGGGAGAAAAUAAGGAAGAUCCUGAUUGGGGUGACUUGAAGGAAGUUGAGAAGCCUAUGCCUGCCCUCAAGAAAGUAGAGAAGACUCCACUUUCUUCAAGAAGGCCUUCGUUGGCUGAAUUAAUACCAGAUUGGCCAGUUUUACACCACUUUGAGAAAAAAGAGAAACAAGAAUCUUUCCUGAAACCAUUGGUGGAUCAAUAUGCGAAAGAAGGAAAAGAUAAGAAAGUUGUAUUCGAAGCUAAUUUCAGUAAACCGAAUGCCAAACCCAAAUGGUUAUUCCGAAAAGAUGAACUGUUUCCCGGAUCAAAAUACAAAUUCAAACAAGAAAAUGACCUGUACCAACUCAUUAUUUCUAAUCCCAAAGUGGAAGAUACUGGUAAAUAUACAAUAGAGAUUGGAGGUAUUACAUCCAUAGCCUACCUCAACGUUGAUGAACCAGAUCCCUGUUAUUCUUUCACAAAGCCAUUGAAGAAGAAAUACGAUGGUUAUGAAAAACACGAACUUCAACUUGAAUGUACCGUCAGUAAUAGCUUGGCUAUUGUUGGUUGGUACAAAGGUAAAGACAAACUUAAUGAUGAUGACAAAUAUUCCAUCUCUAAAGAUAUCAAUGGUUGUUGUCGUCUCACAUUAAAGAUAGCUGAAUUCGAGGACGCUGGUGAAUAUUCUUGCAAAUUAGAAAAACAAACUGAAAAAACAGUUGCCAAUGUUAAUAUCAUCGAAUAUCCAUACAAGUUCGUUAAGUGUUUGAAACAUCAACAGCAUGUCGAAAAAGAAAACAUCACUCUGCUUUGUGAGUUAGAUGAUGCUUUGGGAGAGGUGAAAUGGUAUAAGGGAGACCAAGAGGUUAAACCAGAUAAAAGAAUAGUUAUAUCUAAAGAUGGCCGUAAACGCAAAAUGGUCAUCAAAGAUGCUAAGGUUACUGAUGCUGGAAUGUAUUCUUGCAAAACCAACGCCGAUAAAACAGAAGCUGAGUUGGUUGUGAACUAUUUGAAUCGCUUCAAUAAGAAACUAAAAGAUACAGAAGCGGUUGAAAGGGAGAGAUUGGUACUUGACAUCGAGCUGCAAGACCAAACCGCACCUGCCGAAUGGCUCUUCAAUGGAAAACCCAUCGAAACCUCAGAAAGAAUUGAAAUUAAAAAUCUUGGAGGUGGUAAACAUCAACUCAUCUUCAAUAAACUCGAUAUGGAAGAUGAUGGAGAAAUAACAUGUGUUUCUGGCAAAUUAGAAUCUUCCAUGAAGUUAACAGUGAAGAAGGGAGAAAGCAGACCAGAAAUUGACUUCCCAGAUACUUUCGAAGGUCCUAUCAGUAGAGCUAUCGUCUUGGAAGUGCCAUAUAAAGUUAGUGGAACUCGGCAAACACCUAUAGAAGCCAAACUUAUCAAGGAUGGUAAAGCUCUUCCACUGAAGGAUGUUGAAAUUAUUACCCAUGAAGAUAAAAUUAUAUUCAAAAUCAAGAAGCCUGCCAGAGAACUGUCUGGUCCUUAUGAAAUAAAAGUAGGAAAUGGACAAGGAGAGGCUGUUAAACUAUGCAACAUCACAAUGCAAGACGUACCAUCACCUCCUCAAGACAUUCAAAUCUCAGAAAUCUUCCAAACAUCUUGCGUGGUAACGUGGAAACCUUCGAAAGAUGAUGGUGGAACUCCAAUACAGCAUUACAUCAUUGAAAGGCAGGAUAUUAGCUUGAAAUCUGGAUGGGAUAAUGUUGGACAAAUAUCACCAAAAGAGCCUUCAACCUAUAAGGUCGAAGGUCUCACACCGAAAAAAGAAUAUAGAUUCAGAAUACGAGCUGUUAACAAGCUGGGCAGCAGUGAACCAACAGUGUUUGCUAAGCCAAUAUUGGCCAAAGAUCCAUGGGAUGAGCCCAGCAAACCUAAAGAUGUGGAAGUUGUUGAUUGGGACGUGGAUCAUGCAGACUUGAAAUGGCAACCACCAGAUUCAGAUGGUGGCGCUGAAAUCACCGGAUAUGUCAUCGAGUACAAAGAAAAAUUCGGAAAAGAUUGGGCCAAGGGUGUUGAAGUUCCUGGAGACCAACUUAGUGGAACGGUUAAAGGCUUGAAAGAAAAUGCAACCUAUGAAUUCAGGGUACGUGCUAUCAAUAAAGCAGGUCCUGGUGAGCCAAGCGAUUCCACCAAACCAAUCAUUGCGAAAUGCAGAUUUGUUAAACCCUUCAUUAUUGGUAAUGAUCUCAACAAUAUUAUAGUUAAGAAGGGUCAAAUUGUGAAGUAUGACAUCAAAUAUGGAGGUGAACCAGAACCAGAGGUAAAAUGGUUCUUAGAUAAAAAAGAAGUCAAACCAGAUCCAGAUGAAAGGGUAACACUUGACAAAUAUGAGAGAAACACUAUAAUUACCGUCAGAAAAACAACUAGAGCUGAUAGUGGUAAAUAUAGAUUAGUUCUGACCAAUAGCUCUGGAACAUGCGAGGGUAUAGCUGAAGUUGUCGUUCUCGACAAACCAUCACAACCUCGAGGUCCAAUGAAGAUCGAAGAGGUAAGAUCAGAUCAUAUCAAGGUCAAAUGGCAAAGACCUGAGGACUGUGGUGGAACAGAAUUAACGGGGUAUGUCCUUGAGAAAAUGGAUAUGGAUACAGGCAGAUGGAUCCCAGCUGGUGAAGUUGGCCCCAACGAGGAUACUUUCACCUUCAAAGGACUAACGCCGAAAAAGAAAUAUAAGUUCAGGGUUCGUGCAAAGAAUAAGGAAGGUGAAUCUGAACCACUUGAAACAGAGGACGCCAUACUCGCUAAGAAUCCUUAUGAUGAACCAGGUAAACCAGGCAAGCCUCAAAUUAUCGAUUAUGACAAUAAGAGUGUAACUCUCAAAUGGCCCAAGCCUGAAACAGACGGUGGUCGUCCAAUAACACAUUAUACCAUCGAGAUGAAGGAUAAAUUCGCUGUUGAUUGGACUGAAGUUGCUAAAACUGAAGAUGGCAACCCUGAAGGAGUUGUUGAAGGUCUCAAGGAGAAGAUGGUCUACCAGUUCAGAGUGAGAGCACAUAACAAAGCUGGACCCAGUGCACCAUCAGAAUCAACAGAUAAUCAUUUGUGCAAGCACAAAAAUCUCAAACCACGCAUCGACAGAGAGACAUUCAAGUCGAUUAUUAUAAAAGCUGGCAGAACACACAAGUGGUCUGUUGAUGUGACUGGUGAGCCUCCACCGGAUCUCAGAUGGGUGUGGAGGGAUAACAUCACCUUGACCAACACUGAACGCAUUAAAAUAGAAAAUGUGGAUUACCACACCGACUUCACUAUAGUGAACGCGGUUCGAAGAGAUACUGGAAAAUAUACUCUGAUUGCAGAAAAUGCAUCUGGAAAAGAUCAAGAAACCGUUGAGCUUACAGUACUCAGCAAACCAGAUUCUCCAGAGGGUCCUUUAGAAGUCUCAGAUAUAACAGCCACUAAGGCAAAGGUUUCUUGGAAGAAGCCAGCUGAUGAUGGUGGUAGUCCCAUCAAAGAAUACGAAAUUGAAAAAAUGGAUCUUGCUACAGGUAAAUGGGUGAGAGUAGGAAGAGUACCUGGAGAUAAAGUAGGACCUGAUGGAAAAAUCGAUUACGAAGUAACCGGUUUGAAUCCUGGUAGCGAAUACAAAUUCAGGGUGACAGCAGUUAAUAAUGAAGGUGACUCAGAACCUUUAGUAUCGGACAGAGGUAUCAUCGCUAAGAAUCCAUUCGAUGAACCCACCAAGCCCGGAGUUCCAGAAAUUACAGACUAUGAUAAUAAGGGUGUGAAUCUCAAAUGGGCACCACCAGAAUCUGAUGGUGGAGCACCAAUUGAGAAAUACAUCAUUGAGAAAAAAGACAAAUUCAAACCAGACUGGGAGAAAGCAUGUGAAGUACCUGGAGAUGCAACUACUGCCCGUGUUGAAGAUUUGAAAGAAAGAGGAGAAUAUCAAUUCAGAAUAGUUGCAGUGAAUAAAGCUGGACCAUCACCACCAUCAGAUGCUUCUAAAAUGCAAAUCAUCAAACACCGCGCAUUGAAACCAAGGAUUGAUAGGACAAAUUUGAAACCAAUCAUUGUCCGUGCUGGUAAACCAAUCAAGUACGAUAUUGACGUAAAAGGUGAACCUGCACCAACUUGUACCUGGUUCCAAAAUAAAGAUCAAUUAUCUACAAAAGACAACGUUGAGAUAAUAAACAUCGAGUACAACACCAAGCUCAGUAUCACCAAUUCUGUACGUAAAAACACAGGCGUAUACAAAAUCAAGGCUGUUAAUGAGCAUGGAGAAGAUGAAGCUGAAGUCGAAAUUACUGUACUUUCUGCUCCAGGAAAACCAAAAGGUCCUCUUAAGGUAUCUGAUGUCACCAAGAAUGGAUGUAAACUUAAAUGGGACAAACCUGAGGAUGAUGGUGGCAAGCCCAUCACUGGUUACGUUGUUGAAAAAUACGACAAAAAGACUGCACGUUGGGUCCCAGUAGGAAGAACUAAUGACACCGAGAUGGAUGUUAAAGGUUUACAAGAAGGUCACGCUUACGACUUCCGUGUAAAGGCCAUCAAUGACGAAGGUGAAUCAGAGCCUUUGGAGACUGAAGGAACAACCAUUGCAAAGAACCCAUAUGAUCCACCUGGCAAACCGGGUACUCCAUCUAUUGAAGACUGGGAUACUGAUAGGGUUACACUGAAAUGGACUGCACCUAAGAAUACUGGCGGUGCGCCAAUCACAAGCUACAUUAUUGAGAAGAAGGAGAAAUUCUCUACAUCUUGGGACCAAAUAUUGGAAACACAUACUCCCGAUACUGACGCAAUUGUACCAGGAUUGAAGGAAGGAAAUACUUACCAAUUCCGAGUAUUAGCUGUCAACAAAGCAGGCCCUGGAGAACCAUCAGACUCCACAAAACCACAUGUAGCCAAAGCUAGACAUCUUCGACCACUGAUUAAUAGGGAACAUCUCCAUACUGUCAAGGUCAGGGCAGGUCAACUAGUCAAAUUUGACGUCGAUGUUAAAGGUGAACCUCCACCGGAAAUCAAAUGGAGUUUCCAACAUAAACCAUUGGAGAAUGGACCUCAAUUCAAAAUAGAAAAUGAGGAUUACAACACCAAACUAACCAUUUCAAACACAUCAAGGAAAAACACAGGAACGUAUGUUAUAAGAGCAGAGAACGAAUCAGGAUUUGAUGAAGCUCCUGUCGAAGUCAUCAUUCUUGACAAACCUGGUAAACCAGAAGGACCUUUAGAGGUCCACGAUGUCCACAAGGAAGGUUGCAAGUUGAAAUGGAAGAAACCGAAAGAUGAUGGUGGAUUGCCAAUCACAGGUUAUGUGGUGGAAAAACAGGAUACCCAGACAGGACGUUGGGUGCCUGCUGGAUUCGUUGAUGGGGAUAAAACUGAUCAUGAAAUCACUGGACUUGAACCAAAUAAGAAAUAUAACUUCAGAGUGAAAGCAGUAAACGAAGAAGGUGAAUCAGAGCCAUUGGAAUCCGAUGGUACUGUGCAUGCCAAGAAUCCUUAUGAUGUAGCAUCCGCACCAGGAAUGCCAGAAAUAGUGGAUUAUGAUGAACAUAUGGUCAAAUUGAAAUGGGAGAAGCCUGUAAGAGAUGGUGGUGCACCAAUUACAGGAUACAUCAUCGAAGCUAUGGAUAAAUUCGGAGGACAAUUUGCCAAAGUAGCAGAAGUUGGUCCUGAAUGUAUGGGAACUGUACACAAAUUAGAAGAAGGCAAUCAGUAUAAAUUCCGUGUCAGAGCUGUUAAUAAAGCAGGUUUAUCUGAACCUUCUGAACAAACCAACUGGCAUACAGCUAAGCCAAGAUUCUUGAAACCACUCAUCGAUAGAACCAAUUUGAAAACAUUAACUAUCAAAUCUGGAUUAUCGAUCAGUUUGGAUGUUAACGUAAGAGGUGAACCACCACCAACUAUCACUUGGUUCUGCAACGACAAAGAAAUCGUAUCAGGGGCUGAUAUCCUGAUCAAUAACAUCGACUAUAAUACCAAAUUCUUCGUCACUAAAGCUAAAAGGAUUCAUAGUGGAAAAUACACAAUCGUAGCUAAGAAUGAAGUCGGAGAAGAUAGAGCAGAUAUAGAGAUUAACGUUGUAGCUAAGCCUGGAUCACCUAAAGGUCCACUGGAAGUUUCUGAUGUUACGAAACAUGGCUGCAAACUCAAAUGGAAGAAACCAGAAGAUGAUGGUGGUAUACCAAUUGAUCAUUAUGAAAUUGAAAAACUUGAUCCACUUACUGGUCAAUGGAUCACUUGUGGAAGGAGUAAUGAACCUGAAGCUAAUAUCACAGGUUUACAAGAAGGUAAACCGUAUAAGUUCAGGGUAAAGGCUAUUAACAAAGAAGGUGAAUCAGAGCCUUUGGAAACUGAGAAGUCUAUCAUUGCGAAGAAUCCCUUCGACGAGCCUGGCAAGCCUGGACGUCCAGAACCAAAAGACUGGGAUAAGGACUUUGUUGAACUCGCUUGGACUCCUCCAAAAGACGAUGGAGGUGCUCCUAUAGAGAAGUAUAUAAUCCAGAUGCACGACAAAGCUGGUCGUGGUUGGGUAGAUGCCGCCACAGUGUCUGGAGACAAAACACAAGGAAAGGUUUAUAAUGUAGAAGAAGGCCACGAAUAUGAGUUCCGUGUUGUAGCUGUUAACAAAGCUGGACCUGGAGAACCAAGUGAUGCUUCAAAAUCAGUCAUUGCAAAACCAAGAUUCUUGGCUCCAUACAUCGACCGUAAGAAUCUACAGAAGAAGGUCAUUCGUACUGGCCAAUUGCUCAGAAUAGAGGCAGAUGUUAAAGGUGAACCAGAACCUGUGAUAACAUGGACAUUGAAAGAACAAGUCGUCAAAAAUACUGACCGGAUCAAAAUCGAAAAUGAGAAUUACCAAACCAGAUUCACGCUUCAGAAAGCCAAACGUGCAGAUAGUGGUAUAUAUGUUGUAACAGCUAAGAACGAUUCUGGCGUAGAUAGCGUUGAAGUUGAAAUUCAAGUCCUUGGAAAACCAUCCAAACCCAAAGGACCUCUGCAAGUAUCUGAUGUGACAGCGGAAGGUUGCAAACUUAAAUGGGAACCACCAGAAGAUGAUGGUGGAGAACCAAUUACAGGAUAUUUGGUGGAAAGAAUGGACGUUGAAAGUGGAAGAUGGAUUCCAGUAACAACUACCAAAACUCCAGAAGCUGACGUAACAGGUCUUAACGAAGGCAAAGACUAUUUGUUCAGAGUAAAAGCCCUGAACUCAGAAGGUGAAUCCGAACCUCUAGUUACAGAAGUACCAACAACAGCGAAGAACCCUUACGGAGAACCAGAUACCCCUGGAAAACCAGAACUUAAAGAUUGGUCCAAAGAUCACGCUGACCUCAAAUGGACUGCACCGAAACAAGAUGGAGGUGCUCCUAUAGAGAAGUAUAUAAUUGAGAAGAAAGAUCCUGCAACAGGAAAGUGGGUCAAGGCUGCAGAAGUGCCUUGUAAUAAAACUGAAGGAACAGUUCCUGACUUGCAGGAAGGACAAAAAUAUCAAUUCAGGGUUAAGGCUGUGAACAAAGGAGGAGAAAGUAAACCAUCACCUCCUUCUGAUAUGAUGACAGCCAAAGACAGGUUUGUUGCACCUAAAAUUGAUAGGUCAACACUCAAAGAUAUUACAGUCAAAGCAGGACAUCUUAUCCGAUUGGAUGUUAAGGUAUCUGGAGAACCUCCACCGACUAAAUCUUGGUUCUUAAACAAAGCACGUUUGGAGAAAGAUGAACUCAUCACAAUUGAUUUGGAGGAUUACAGAACGAAAUUACACAUAAGUUCAGCACAGAGAAUACAUAGUGGUACUUUAACGCUCAAAGCUGAAAAUUCAUGUGGCAAAGAUGAAGCCAGUAUUGAAAUCAAAGUUUUGGACAAACCAGCCAAACCUGAAGGACCACUCAAAAUCAGUGAUGUUCAUAAGGAAGGUUGUACUUUGAAAUGGAAUCCUCCGAAAGAUGACGGUGGUGUACCAAUAGAAUAUUACCAAGUCGAAAAGAUGGAUACUGAAACAGGAAGAUGGGUUUCUGCCGGUAGGUCUAAGGAACCGAAAAUAGAUCUAAACAAUUUGGAGCCUGGACAGGAAUAUAAAUUCAGAGUUUCUGCGGUGAACGCAGAAGGUGAAUCGGAACCAUUAGAAGCGGACCAAACCAUUGUUGCUAAGAAUCCAUUCGAUGAGCCUGGUCCACCUGGUCAGCCAGAAGUUACCGACUGGGACAAGGAUCAUGUUGAUUUGAAGUGGACGCCACCACUCAAAGAUGGAGGCUCUCCAAUUAUUGGUUAUAUCGUUGAAAAGAGAGAAAAGGGAACCACGAGAUGGGCUAAGGCUUGUGACGUGGGUCCCCAAACAAACAAAGCAACAGUUGAUAAUCUUGAUGAAGGUGUUGAAUAUGAGUUCAGAGUCAAAGCAGUUAACGCUGCUGGGCCUGGAGAGCCAAGUCAAACAUCGAAAUCUGUUAUCACAAAACCAAGAAAAUUGGCACCUAAAAUCGAUCGAAGAAAUCUGUUCAACAUCACAGUUCGUGAGGGUGAGCCUAUAUAUAUUGACGUUAAAGUAAGUGGAGAACCUGCGCCAGAUGUGGUCUGGUACCAAGAAAAUAAAAUGGUUAUUUCAACUGGUCAUAAACGCGUUGACAACAUUCCGUAUAACUCCAAAUUCUUCAACGACAAGCCCGAACGUAAGGAUACUGGAGUUUACAAGAUAACUGCGUCCAACAAAUAUGGCCAAGAUACUGCUGAAGUAGAAAUAACAGUAGUAUCCAAACCUGGACAGCCAGAAGGUCCUCUUGAAGUGUCCGAUAUUCACAAAGAUGGCUGCACUCUGAAGUGGAAGAAACCUAAGGAUGAUGGUGGUGAACCAAUCGAAAAUUAUGUUGUUGAGAAAAUGGACCCAGAAACUGGCAUUUGGUUGCCUGUGGGAAAAACCAGUGGAAGUCUACCUGAAAUGAAAGUUGAAGGUUUAGUUCCUGGACAGGAUUAUAAGUUCAGAGUCAAGGCUGUCAAUAAAGAAGGAGAAUCUGAACCUUUAGAAACUGCUGGAACUAUCAAUGCAAGAGAUCCAUUCACGAAUCCAGAGAAACCAGGAGCUCCAGAACCUACUGAUUGGUCGGCUAAUCAUGUUGAUCUCAAGUGGGCAGAACCAAUAUCUGAUGGAGGAGCACCUAUUACAGGUUACAUAAUAGAGAAAAAGGACAAGUACAGUCCUUUGUGGGAAAAAGCUUUAGAAACCAAUACACCAACUCCAACAGCCAGCAUUCAUGGUCUGAUUGAAGGAAAUGAAUAUCAAUUCCGUGUAAUCGCUGUGAACAAGGGUGGACAAAGUGCUCCUUCAGAUGCUAGCAAACCAUUCAUCGCAAAACCAAGAUUCUUGGCUCCAAGAAUUGACAGAAGACAUUUACACGAUAUCACGCUUUCUUCUGGAUCUUCCCUCAAGUUCGAGGCUAAUAUAAUCGGUGAACCAGUACCAACUGUUGAAUGGAGAUUCAGCGGAUCGACAUUGAAAAAUGAUAGAAGAGUACAAAUCGACAAUGUCGAUUACUUUACCAAAAUUGUUAUUCGUCCAGUCAACCGGGAGGAUACAGGUGAAUUCACAGUCACCGCAUCCAACAGUUCUGGAAGAGAUGUUCACACAAUAAACGUUACUGUAACCGACAAACCUACGCCACCAGAAGGUCCAUUGCAAGUUUCUGAUGUCAACAAGAAUGGGUGCAAGCUCAAAUGGAAACGACCAAAAGAUGAUGGAGGCACCCCAAUCGAAUACUAUCAAGUUGAAAAGAUGGAACCCGAAACUGGGUGUUGGGUACCAUGCGGAAGAGCUCAUGAACCAAAUUUCGAAGUCACUAACCUAACCCCUGGAAAAGAAUAUAAAUUCAGAGUAGCUGCGGUGAAUGCAGAAGGAGAAUCCAAACCUUUGGAAACUGAUCACAGCAUCAUAGCUAAGAAUCCGUUCGAUGAACCUGGAGCACCAGGUCAUUUGAAGGCAACUGAUUGGGAUAAAGAUCAUGUUGAUCUUGCCUGGGAAAAACCAAAGGAUGAUGGUGGAUCUCCAAUCACUGGAUACAUCAUUGAGAAAAAGGAUAAAUUUGGCGAUUGGGAGAGGGCUUUAGAAGUUGGUCCUAAUGACACAAAAGCUACAGUACCUGAUUUAAUAGAGGGACAACCCUAUUCAUUCAGGGUUCGUGCAAUCAACGCUGCUGGACCUGGUGAAGCAAGCAAUGAAACACCUACUAUCAUUGCGAAACCACGAAACCUGGCACCUAAAAUUGACAGGACUAAUCUCAUUGAGAUUCGAAUUAGGUCAGGACAAAACUUCAGUUAUGAAUGUAAAGUCACUGGUGAACCGAUGCCCGAGACCAAAUGGUUGAUGAAGAACAAGGAGAUCAAAUCGAGUAAAAAUGUUAAAGUACAACAUACAGAUUAUCAUACUAAGAUAUCUGUUAGGAAUGCUACACGAGCAGAUUCUGGAACCUAUAACGUCACUGCCGAAAAUGUAAAUGGCAAAGACAUAGCUGAAGUGGAAGUCACAGUAUUAGAUGUACCAAGUCCACCAGGUGGCCCGCUUAAGGUAUCUGAUGUACACGCUAACGGUGCCAAACUCAGUUGGAGACCACCAGCUGAUGAUGGCGGUCAACCUAUUGAAAACUAUAUUGUCGAAAAAAUGGACGAAGCUACCGGUAGGUGGGUUCCUGCUGGUGAAACUGACGGGCCAGAAACGUCAUUGGCUGUGGAUGGUUUAACUCCUGGUAAAAAAUACAAAUUCAGAGUGAAGGCUGUUAACAAGCAAGGAAAAUCAGAGCCUCUCACAACUGCCCAAGCUAUCGAAGCUAAGAAUCCAUUCGAUGAACCCGGAAAAACUGGAACACCUGAAAUCAUUGACUAUGACUCUGAUUUCGUCGAACUCAAAUGGGAUGAACCAGAAAAAGAUGGUGGUUCUCCUAUUACAGGAUACAUUAUUGAAAAACGGGAUAAAUUUAAUCCUUAUUGGGAAAAAUGCGCUGAAGUCGAAGGAAAUGUAACGAAAGGUAAAGUGAAAGACUUGAUUGAAGGAACACCAUAUGAAUUCAGGAUACGAGCUGUGAACAAGGCUGGACCUGGAGAACCAAGUGAUGCAUCCAAAAUACACGUUGCUCGUCCCAAAAAUCUUGCUCCUAAAAUUGACCGCAAUGCUCUACUCAAUAUCAAGGUACGAGCUGGUCAGUCAUUCGAACUCAAUGUACCUAUAUCUGGUGAACCACCACCGUCUAAGGAGUGGCGCAUCAAAGAAGAUGUUCUGUUCAACACAGACCGCCUCAAGAUCGUUAACGAGGACUAUAUGACAAGACUGAAAGUUAUAGACGCAAAACGUGGAGACAGUGGCGUUUACACUAUCACUGCCAAAAAUAUUAAUGGUAAAGAUUCGGCUACAGUGAACAUAACCAUUUUGGAUGUACCUUCACCACCAGAAGGACCUCUUAGGGCUGACAACGUUACAAAGAGUAACCUCACUCUGAAAUGGAAACCACCAAAGGAUGAUGGUGGUUCUGAAAUCACCCACUAUGUGGUAGAGAAGCAAGAUACAGAAAACAUGAGAUGGAUUCCAGUUGGCGAAGCCGUUGGAACUUCUAUUUUAGUUGAUAGGUUAACUGAAGGACAUGACUACAACUUCAGAGUAUGUGCUGUGAAUAAGCAAGGAGAAUCUCUACCUCUCAAUACUGCAGAAAGUAUUACUGCUAAAGAUCCAUUCACAAAACCAGACAGGCCUGGAGUACCUACUCCAACGGACUGGGAUAAGGAUCACGUUGACCUUGAAUGGACGCCACCAAAGAAGGAUGGAGGAUCUCCCAUUACUGGUUAUAUCAUUGAGAAACGACCAAAACAUGGAACAUGGGAGAAAGCAGUGGAACUACCAGGAAAUCAAACAAAAGGCACUGUGCCGAAUCUUGUGGAAGGAGAAGAAUAUGAAUUCAGGGUGAUUGCCGUGAAUAAGGGUGGCCAAAGUGAACCCAGUGAAGCUUCUAUCCCAGUUAUCGCCAAACCAAGAUUCCAAGCUCCUAUAUUCAAUAAAUCCCUGUUGGAGGAUAUUACCAUCAAAGCAGGACAACGCUUUGGAUGGACAAUACCAAUUGAAGCUUCUCCAAAACCAACAGCCAAAUGGACUCUCAACGGAAAAGAAAUUAAUUCGAAUGACAGAAUCGAUAUGGCUGUAUACAACAACAAAGUGUCUUUCGAUGUAUCAUCUGCCUUACGUUCAGAUGGUGGUAGAUACACCUUGACAUUGACUAACGAUCUUGGAAGUUUCAGCGCCUCUGCCACUGUUACCGUGUUAGAUAAACCUGGACCACCACAACCACCACUAGAUGUCGGUUGCGUAACUAAGGAGAGUGCUAGGUUAUCAUGGAAACCACCUCUUGACGAUGGUGGUUCUCCAAUUCUACAUUACAUCAUUGAAAAAAUGGACGUAUCCAGGGGAACAUGGUCAGAUGCUGGAAUGGCAACCAUAUGUUCUCACGAAAUCACUAGAUUGAUUCAUCGUAAAGAAUACUACUUCAGAGUGAAAGCUGUUAAUACUGUUGGAGAGUCAGAACCUCUAGAAACACCUAGAAGUAUAAUUGCCAAAAACGAAUUCGAUGAACCAAGCUCUCCAGGCAAACCAGCUGUUACAGACUGGGACAAAGACCAUGUCGAUCUUGAAUGGACACCACCAAAGAGUGAUGGAGGUUCACCCAUCACUGGGUAUAUUAUACAGAAGAAAGAGAAGGGAAGUCCUUAUUGGAUGAAUGCAGUCCACGUACCAGCUAGCAAAAACGCUGCUACUGUACCUGAUCUAAUCGAAAACGAAGAAUAUGAAUUCAGGGUAAUAGCAACAAAUUCAGCCGGACAGAGUGAACCUUCUGAACCUUCAGAUCUUGUCACGGCCAAAGCUAGAUACUUGGCACCCAAGAUCAAAACAGCCCUUAAUGAUGUUCGCAUCAAAGCAGGACUCAUUUUGCAUUUGGAUAUUGAUUUUAUUGGGGAGCCAUGCCCUGAAGCUAGUUGGACAGUUGGAAGCAAAAACUUAGUUACCGAUGAAAGAACGACGGUAACAUCAAUUGGAUACCACACAGUGAUACAUACUGUAAAUGCUAAACGUUCGGAUAGUGGUUUGUAUCAUUUAUUGAUUAAGAAUAGCUCUGGAAUAGAUGAGGGAUCAUUCCAAGUAACUGUACUAGAUCGCCCUGGACCUCCUCAAGGGCCCAUUGAAUACGAAGAAGUGACUGCUCAAAGUGUCACACUCUCCUGGAAACCACCCAAAGAUAACGGUGGCAGUGAAUUGACUGGAUAUGUAAUAGAAAAACGUGAUUUAACUCAUGGUGGAGGAUGGGUACCAGCAGUAACCCAUGUUAAUCCAAAAUAUAACCAUGCAGUUGUACCAAGAUUGAUUGAAGGAACAAAAUAUGAAUUCAGAGUGAUGGCCGAAAAUCUACAAGGUCGUUCAGAUCCUCUUGAUACCGAAAGACCAGUUGUUGCCAAGAACCAAUACGAUGUUCCUGGUAAACCUGGUAAGCCGCAACUUGUUGAUAGUGACAAGGAUCACAUCAAGAUCAAAUGGGGAGCACCAAUCAGCAAUGGUGGUUCUCCUAUCAUUGGCUACGACGUUGAGAGACGUGAUAGGGCCACUGGAAGAUGGGUUAAAAUCACCAAAAACCCUGUACCCAUGUUAGAGUUUGAAGAUGACAGGGUACAAGAAGGACACACUUAUGAAUACAGAGUGAUUGCUGUAAACGCAGCUGGUUCAGGCAAACCUAGUGACACUUCGAAUGCUUUCAUCGCCAAACCAAUGAAAGAGAAACCAAAAUUACAUUUGGAUGCAAUUAUCGGACGUAAGAUUAAGGUACGUGCAGGUGAACCAAUCAAUAUCGACAUACCAUUGUCAGGAGCACCUGCGCCCAAAUGCCAAUGGAGUAAGAAUGGAAAUCCAGUUGUAGAGUCCAACAGAGUUUACACUGAAUCAAAUGGAGAACAUACGAAAUUAAGAGUGGAAGUAUCAAACAGAGAUGACGCCGGCAAAUACACAAUUCAAGCUAAGAAUGAUUAUGGCACAGAUUCAGCAGAUAUUGAGGUUCAAGUAGUUGAUAAGCCUGGUAUCCCAAGAGGUCCUCUUCAAUAUACGAAUACAACGCAAGAUACCGUAUCGUUAUCUUGGAAUCCACCAGCUGACGAUGGUGGUGGUGAUAUCAGCAACUAUAUCGUGGAAAUAAGCGAAUAUGGCACUGACAGUUGGAGGCCAUGUCCAGGAUUCUGUCCAAGACCAUCGUUCACAGCUCGAGGUCUGACAGAAGGCAAAAAAUACGUAUUCCGCGUCAGAGCUGAAAACAUUUAUGGUGUUUCUGAACCGCUGGAAGGCAAACCGGUGGUUGCGAAGUGUCCAUUCGAUCCACCAGGAGCUCCAAGUCAACCAGAAGUUGUUGGAUAUACACCAUCAUCCUGCUCUCUCAAAUGGAAGCCACCAUCUUCAACGGGUGGUAAACCAAUUACAGGAUAUUAUGUGGAAAAGAGAGAAAGGGGAGGUGAAUGGACUAAAGUUAAUAACUAUCCAACACCAAACACUCAGUACACUGUACAGGAUCUUAGAGAAGGCAACAAAUAUGAAUUCCGUGUAAUUGCCGUAAACGAAGCUGGUCCAGGUGAACCAAGUAGACCAACAGAACCAAUCGUAGCAAGUCAUCAACGAUUCGUACCAGAUUCUCCAGAACCACCUAAACCUGAUAGAAUCACAAAAGAUAGCGUCACACUUUCAUGGAGACCACCAAGAAACGAUGGUGGUUGUAAGAUAAAGGGAUACAUCCUUCAAAAACGAGGUAAAAACGAGCCAGAUUGGUCUGACGUCAAUUCGAUACCAAUCACAAAUUUGGUUCAUACUGUACCUAAUCUGAAGGAGGGUGACGAAUACCAAUUCCGUGUGAUCGCUGUUAAUGACAUUGGUAACUCUGAACCAAGUAAACCAAGCCAAAAUAUACUGAUUGAAGAACAACCAAAUAAACCAUGCAUGGAUCUUGGAGGAGUACGUGACAUCACCGUGAGAGCUGGAGAAGAUUUCAGUAUCCAUGUGCCAUAUAUAGGAUUCCCGAAACCAACAGCAAGUUGGUUUGCAAAUGACAAGAUUCUUGACGAAUCAGACAGCAGGGUGUUCCCUAAAUUAACUAGUGAUUCGGCCAGCAUUAUAGUCAAGAACUCUAAACGUAAUGACAGUGGUCAAUAUAGAUUACAACUGAAGAAUCCAUCUGGAUUCGAUACAGCCACUAUCAACGUCAAGGUACUCGACAGACCUGGAAAACCUGAGAAUUUGAGAGCUGAUGAAUUUGCUGGAGAUGCACUCACCUUGUACUGGCAACCACCGAAAGAUAAUGGUGGUUCUGAUAUCACAAAUUAUGUUGUAGAAAAGAAAGAAGCACGAUCAUCCACAUGGUCUAAAGUUAGCGGUUAUGUUACUGUACCAUUCAUUAGGAUAAGAAACCUAACAAUAGGAAAAGAAUACGAUUUCAGGGUGUUUGCAGAGAAUCAAUAUGGUCAAUCUGAACCAGCAGUCACUUCUGAACCUAUUAAAGCCAGACAUCCAUUCGAUGUACCAGCUGCUCCUGGAAUACCAAAGGGUGUUGAAACAACCGAAGAUUCUAUAACCAUCCAAUGGUCCAAACCAAGGCAUGAUGGUGGUUCUCCCAUAACUGGAUAUGUUAUUGAAAAGAGGCUUAUCACAGAAGACAAAUGGACUAAAGCAAGCCAUGCUUUGGUGCCUGAUUUAUCACAUAAAGUAAUAAAUCUGAUAGAGAAUCAUGAAUAUGAGUUUAGGGUAGCGGCUGUUAAUGCAGCUGGUCAAGGACCUUGGAGCUCAGCAUCAGAUGCUAUUUGCGCAAGAGCACCACCAUCUGCUCCAAGAAUAACAUCAGAUUUGAGUAUAAGAGAUAUGGUCGUUAUAGCUGGAGAAGAAUUCAAGAUAACUGUACCAUAUUUUGCAACACCUAAACCAAGAGAAAUGUGGAUGAUAAAUGGAGCAGAAAUAUUCUCAGAUCAGAGAAUUAAAUUUGAAACAACAGACACUGCCUCUACGUUCACCAAUAAAUGUGCGAAGAGAACUGACACUGGUAGUUAUACCAUCAAGCUCACAAAUUCUAUAGGAUCAGAUUCGGCUUCUUGUAGAGUGACAGUUGUAGACAAACCACAACCUCCACAAGGCCCUCUUGAUAUAUCAGAUAUAACACCAGAUAAUUGUUCGUUAGCUUGGAGAGUACCUCUUGAUGAUGGAGGUUCUCCAAUCACGAAUUACAUCGUAGAAAAACUCGAUAAUAAUGGUAUUUGGGUUAAGGUUAGCAGUUUUGUACGCAACACCCACUACGAUGUUAUGGGAUUGGAACCAAAUAAGAAGUACAGUUUCAGGGUUCGCGCUGAGAACCAAUAUGGCAUAAGUGAACCUUUAGAGAGCACAGAACCAAUAACUGCCAAAUAUCCAUUCACUGUUCCAGACCCUCCAAGUCCACCAAGAGUUACAGAUUGGACUUCAAACACUGUUUCCUUAUCUUGGGAUAGACCAGCUAAUGAUGGAGGUUCAAGAAUACAAGGAUACAAGCUGGAAUACCGGGAUAUUGUACAUGAUGCCCACUGGCAGGUCACAAGCGAUUACCUCGUCAAAGAAACUCACUUCGAUCUAUACAAUUUGACCCAAGGCAACGAAUAUGAAUUCAGAGUGAGAGCAAAGAACGCCGCUGGUUUCAGCAAACCAUCAGAUUCAUCUGCCAAAUUCAAACUCAAAGGUAAAUUCAACGUACCGUCGCCACCAAGGGAACCAAAGGUUGUUAAAGUUGGAAAAAGUUACGUUGAUCUCACUUGGGAACCACCUGUUAACGAUGGAGGUUCAAGAAUUACCGGAUAUAUCAUCGAAAAAAGAGAAAUCGGCAGUCCAUUGUGGGUCAAAUGUAACGAAUAUAACGUUACUGACACUAACUACACUGCCUUGAACCUCAUCGAAAGAAGUGAUUACGAAUUCAGAAUUUACGCAGUGAAUUCUGCUGGUAGAAGUGACGCUAGCUCCUGCACAACGCCAGUUAAAAUCUGUGAAGUGCUUGGAGGUGAAAAACCCGAAUGGAUCAAACCUUUAUCAAACCAAACCGCACCUUUGGGUAAGACUGUCACACUGGAAUGCGAGGCUUAUGGUAAACCAGAACCUUCGUUCCGUUGGUUGAGAAAUGGCCGUGAGAUAAAUAUCAGUGGAAGGUACAGGCAUGAGAGUAAGAACGGCGUUGCCAGAUUACAUAUAUCCGAUUUAUUGGAUAUUGAUGACGGAGAUUACACUUGCGAAGCAAGCAACACGCUUGGUGCUGUGACAACAACUGCCAGAUUGAAAAUAGGAGCUCCUCCAAGAAUUGAAAGACUUCCAGGAGAUCUGUACUUGCCGGAGGGUGAUAAUACAAAGAUAAAGAUAUAUUACUCAGGUGAUCAACCUUUGAACGUGACCCUCAGUAAGAAUGGCAAGAACGUAGAAGACUCAAUUCACAUCAAAUAUACCAUCUUCGAUGAUUACAUUAUAAUUUAUAUCAGAGGAAUCCAAAAGGAUGAUGCUGGAGAUUACACCAUCCACGUAUCAAACGAUAACGGUAGCACUUCUGGAACAUUUACUGUUUACAUCACAGGACUUCCUGGACCACCAAAAGGACCUUUGGGUACAACAGAUAUUACACAACAUACAUGUUCGUUAUCAUGGAAACCUCCAUCUUACGAUGGUGGAUUGAGAAUAACGCAUUACGUUGUUGAGAGGAAAGACGUAUCAUCUGAACAUUGGAUAACAAUUGCUAGCUCUGUGAAAGACACUAAUUUCACUGUUCAAGGACUAACUGAAGGACAGGAAUACAUAUUCAGGGUGAUGGCUGUGAAUGACAACGGUAUGGGACCUCCACUUGAAGGUCUUAAUCCGAUCAAAGCCAAGGCUCCGUUCGAUGCUCCAUCGCCUCCUGGAGUGCCAAAAGUCACCCAAAUUGGUGGAGAUUUCGUCCAUCUUGAAUGGGAAAAACCAGAGAGUGACGGAGGAUCCAAAAUCCAAGGAUAUUGGGUCGACAAACGUGAAAUGGGUAGCUCGACUUGGCAACGUAUCAACGUAUCUUUGUGCUUCACAACUCAAAUCAACAUAUCUAAUCUUAUUGAAGGACGUCAAUAUGAGUUCAGAGUGUUCGCACAAAAUGCAGCAGGUUUAUCAAAACCAUCUUCGGCAUCGAACUCUGUUGAAAUCAAGGAUCCAUUAGCUGCUGUCCCACCAGAAAUUGUGAAACCUUUGAAGGAAGCUUAUUGCAUUCAGAACCACAAUGCCAAAUUCGAAUGUACCAUCACUGGUGUACCCAAGCCGACAAUCACAUGGUACAAGGGUGCUAGGGAGAUUAGUAAUGGAUCAAGAUACCACAUAUACAGCGAAGGCGAUGUUCAUCAUCUGAUUAUCAAUGACGUUUUUGGAGAAGAUGCUGAUGAGUAUGUCUGCAGAGCUAUGAACAAAGGAGGAGUCAAAUCUACAAGAGCUGAACUUUUGAUUAAGACUGCUCCAAAACUGAACAUUCCACCAAGAUUCAGAGACACGGCCUACUUCGACAAGGGAGAAAAUGUUAUCGUGAAGAUUCCAUUUACUGGUACUCCAAGACCAAGAAUAACUUGGGUGAGAGAAGGAGAAGUGAUCGAAUCAGGUGGCCAUUACCACGUCGAAGUCAAGGACAGACAUGCCAUCUUAACCAUAAGAGAUGGAAGCAAGCUGGAUAGUGGUCCAUACAGAAUAACUGCCGAAAACGAAUUAGGACAGGAUUCUGCUAUUAUAAAAAUACAAAUAUCCGAUCGUCCUGAUCCACCUAGAUUCCCUGCAGCUGAUAGCAUCGGCCAUGAUUCACUAGCGUUGUCCUGGAAACCUCCAAUUUGGGAUGGAGGAAGCAAUAUCACAAAUUACGUGGUUGAAAGACGUGAACAUCCAUUAUCUACUUGGAUUAGAGUAGGUAACACCCGCUUGACCACCAUGGCUAUAGAUGGUUUGACACCAGGUCACCAAUACGAAUUCAGAGUUUACGCAGAAAAUAUCUACGGAAGAUCUGAUCCUUCUGAUAUCAGCAACUUGGUAACCAUGAAGGAUACAAAGAAGAAACAAAUACCAAAGAAGAAAUACGAAGUGGAUGAAAACGGCAAGAAGAUAAGAACAUCUCACAAAGAACCUGUCAAGGAUUACGAUAAUUAUGUGUUCGAUAUUUAUUCGAAAUAUGUACCUCAACCAGUUGAUAUCAAAUCGAAGAGCGUGUACGACGAUUACGAUAUAUUAGAAGAAAUUGGUACAGGUGCAUUUGGUGUUGUACAUCGUUGUAGGGAACGUAAGACUGGUAAUAUAUUCGCAGCGAAAUUCAUUCCUGUAUCGCAUGCAAUGGAGAAAGAACUGAUUAGGAAAGAAAUAGAUAUAAUGAACCAUUUGCACCAUUCGAAGUUAAUCAAUUUGCACGAUGCUUUCGAAGAUGAUGACGAAAUGGUGCUGAUCUAUGAAUUCUUAUCUGGUGGUGAAUUGUUCGAGAGGAUAACAGCAGAAGGCUAUCAAAUGUCUGAGGCUGAAGUAAUCAACUACAUUAGGCAAAUAUGCGAAGGCAUCAAACACAUGCACGAGAAAAAUAUCAUCCAUUUAGAUAUCAAGCCAGAGAACAUAAUGUGCCAAACGCGAAAGAGUACAAACAUCAAAUUGAUAGACUUUGGAUUGGCUACAAAACUAGAUCCUAAUGAAGUAGUCAAGAUAUCUACUGGAACUGCAGAAUUCGCAGCUCCAGAAAUAGUAGAGAGGGAACCAGUUGGUUUCUACACUGAUAUGUGGGCAGUGGGAGUAUUAGCAUACGUAUUAUUGAGUGGUUUAUCACCAUUUGCCGGUGAAAAUGAUAUAGAUACACUGAAGAAUGUCAAGGCUUGCGAUUGGGACUUUGACGAAGAAGCUUUUGGAGGAGUAUCUGAAGAGGGUAAAGACUUCAUCAGAAGGCUGCUCCUGAAGAAUAAAGAAAAACGAAUGACUGCCCAAGAAUGUUUGAUGCACGCAUGGUUAGUAGGAGAUCACAAGGACAGAAAAACUGUUAUCGACAGAAACAAAUACAUCAGGAUACGUGAUAAAAUACGCUCCAAAUACACUGAAUGGGAUUCAUUUGUUCUUCCAAUUGGACGAUUGUCCGAAUAUUCAUCAUUACGUAAAUUAUUGCUAGAGAAAUAUAAAAUACAUGAUGCAUACUUCGAUCGUCGACAAGCAGCUCCAAGAUUCGUCAUCAAACCUCAAAGUGCGUUCUGCUACGAAGGACAAAGUGUUAAAUUCUACUGUCGUGUUAUUGGCGUUGCUCCUCCAACACUCAGUUGGUUCAGAAAUAAUUCGGAGCUCAGACAGAGCGUGAAAUUCAUGAAACGUUAUAUUGGUGACGACUAUUACUUCAUUAUAAAUAGAGCUAAGCUUGAAGACAGAGGAGAGUAUGUCAUCAGAGCUGAAAAUCAUUUUGGAGCCACUGAAGAAGUCGUUUUCUUGAAUGUACACGCACUUCCCAAGGUUGUUCAAGAAUAUAAACCACAAGAUCAACCAGUAAGAAGAAGGGAACCUCUUCCAUAUACUUUCUGGGCAGAAGAACAAGAAUGUGCACCAAGCUUCACCUUCCUGUUGAGGCCACGUGUCAUGCAAGAGAAGGACACAUGCAAGCUAUUAUGUUGUCUAAGUGGAAAACCUUUCCCUACUGUCAAAUGGUACAAGGACAAACGUGAGCUCAGCAAAUAUGAAUAUUCCAUGUCACAUAGUGAUGGUGUUAUAACCAUGGAAAUUGUUGGAUGUCGACCAUCAGAUUCCGGCAAAUACACAUGCGUUGCCACAAAUUGUCAUGGUGUUGAUGAGACAUCUUGUGUGGUUAUUGUUGAAGGUGAAACAAGUACAGAAGAGCAAACGUUUCUAGCAGAGAAACUUCUACAUUCGGCUGAUAGAAAAUACAUUGAACAGCCAAUCAAGCCUGCGCCAGUGCCUAUUACGAUAAGAAAACAAGUAACAAAUGUCACAAACAGUUUGAAGCAAUCAUCAUCUAGUCUUAGUGUCAAUGAUUCUGGAAGAUCACCUAGGAAAUAUGGAAGAAUCGACUCAACUGGUAGUCCGAAUCGGUCUAGAACGUCAACGAAAGAGUUGGCACUACCACCAGACACCACAAUGUUUGCUCCAAAGUUCACUAAAACAUUAUCAGAUUUGGUGAUAAAUGAUGGAGAGAGUCUUUCUCUAACCACCCACGUAAGUGGUGACCCAGAUCCACAAGUUACAUGGUUCAAAAAUGGAAAAUUGUUGAGUUCAUCAGAAGUAGUAGAUUUGAAAUAUAAAAAUGGUAUCGCUUCACUGCGUAUCAGCGAAGUUUACCCAGAAGAUGAAGGAGAGUACAUGUGUAAAGCAAUUAACUCUUUGGGCGAAAAAGAAACAAAAUGUCGUUUGAAGAUCAAACCUAUGACCAAUGGAACAACAAGCAAGGCGAAGAGUACAGACGACAAACCGCCCAGGAUAGUAGAUCAUCUACAAUCAAAAUUCGUAAAGGAUGGUGAAUCGGUAACAUUGUCUUGUCGUAUCAUUGGCGCCAAUAAAUUUGACGUUGUUUGGUUACACAACAACAAAGAGAUCAAACCAAGCAAAGAUUUCCAGUACACAAACGAAGCUCACAUUUACAAACUUGUAAUUGCCGAAAUUUUCCCAGAAGAUUCUGGUGCAUACACCUGUGAGGCAUUCAAUGAUGCUGGGGAGAGCUUUAGUAGUUGCACUCUCAACGUAUUGGUACCUGGUGAACAACCCAAAAGCCCAGUCUUCAAAACAUUCCCUCUAUCAGCAACCGUUUCUGAAGGUGAAACAGCUACAUUUGAGGCAGAAACUGAAGAUGAGCCUUUGCAAAUCAAUUGGCUCAAGGAUGGUAAACAGAUAAAAGAAAAAUCUUCCAAGUACAAUUUCACAGCUGACGGCAAACGUUAUACAUUGCAAAUAUUAUCCUGCGAUUCCAAUGAUAUUGGCCAAUAUCAAGCCAAGGCUAUAGGAAAGAAAGGAGAGACACUAGCUGCCUUCUCCUUGAAUGUUGUAACCUCAGGCGAACAGUAGUUUUCCAAUUCCUAAGCUGUGAAUUCUUUAUAAACAAAACUAUCCUUUAUCAAACCAUGUUACAUAGCUGUUUUUGUAUUUAAGACGUGAAGAAUGACGUGCUACUCAAGUGAGAUUUAAGACGCCAGCAUCCUCAAUUACAAAGAACAUCAAAUCUUUAUCUUACUCGAUCUACCAUGUCAUUCUAGCGAGUCAAAGGUACCUAUAUUAAGCUGGGACGAAAACUGCUUUAUCUUUCAAUUUUGAAUGGAAAGUAUUUAGUGUGAGAGUGCUUAGCAGUUAUUUCAAAUCGCCAUCCUGAAAUCUCUUUUCUUCGAAUUAAAUUUCCGUAGAUAAAUCGCUUUUGCAAAGCCGUACCAAUCUUCUAUGUUAAUAUAUUAAAUAAAUAUAUUUAAUUUUUCA